UCAACCUCUGAAGAUUGAUUGAAGAGGCUACAGCUCUCUCUCUAAAGUGAUAUUGUUAAGAAUCUCCGCCGACUUCUUCACCGGAAUUUCUUGCUAAAUGAACUGGUUUUCAAACAUACUCUUAGUAUGGAUUGUCGCGCCGACUUUACUAGCGGUUAUUGUUUACCAGCUAGAGUCGUUCGAGCCGGCUCAUCUCCCAGUCGACCAAUUUGACCGGCACCCUGUUUUUGUUCCCAGCCGGAACCCUAACGUCCUCCGAGGAGCCGAAAAGGUAUUCGCCGGAAAAAUGAUGGGGCCGGAAGACAUAGCCUAUGAUGCGGAAUCUAGAAUCAUAUACACCGGCUGCGUCGACGGUUGGAUCAAGCGACUCCGGCUUGACGAUUUAUCAGUUGAGAACUGGGUCAACUCGGCCGGCCGGCCACUUGGAGUAGUGCUUGGACGAGAUAAACAACUUAUUGUAGCCGAUGCAAACAGGGGUCUGUUGAGAUUGAACCAGAAUGGAGAAGUGGAAUUGUUAACGAACGAAGCAGAAGGCUUGAAAUUCAAGCUGACGGACGGUGUUGAUGUGGCCGAUGAUGAAACCGGCGUGAUUUACUUCACGGAUGCAUCGUUCAAAUAUGGCCUAAAAGACUACAUUUGGGACGUGUUAGAAGGCAGACCUAAUGGAAGACUCCUUAGCUAUGAUCCAUGCACAAAACAAACCAAAGUCCUACUCAAUGAUCUUUACUUUGCAAACGGAGUUUCACUCUCCCACGACCAAACCUUUCUAGUUUUUUGCGAAACUCUAAUGAGGAGGUGCAGGAAGUAUGUUAUAGAAGGGGAGAAAAAAGGAAUCGUCGAGGAGUUUAUUGAUAUAGAUGGUUUUCCAGAUAACAUUCGAUAUGACAAAAAUGAAGGCGUGUAUUGGAUUGGGCUAGCAAGUGAAGUUACAUUUACAUGGGAUUUAGCUCAAAGGUACCCUUUCAUUAGAAAGAUAUUCGCUAUAAUACAAAAAUACAUCGGACUACCUCAUAUGUGGAGAAACGGGGGCAUUUUGGCUGUCGAUAAAGAUGGGAAGGCGGUGACUCACUAUUCAGACUCGGGUUUGUCUUUAGUCACCGCGGGUCUAAAGAUCGAGGACCAUCUCUAUUUUGGCUCAUUACAUAGGGACCAUUUCUUACGCCUCAAUGUGACGCAUUAUCCCGCUGUUGCUGCCGCCUAACUUAUAUGAAUAUUUGAAAUAAUGAAAUAAAGGAAAGAUGCACCAUAUGUAUGGGAUAUAUGAUAUUGUUGCAUGAACAAUAAUAUAAUAUAGAUCGAUGUUAUCAAAUAUAUUUAUAAGCAAACUACUUUUAUAAGUUGUAUUAUCAUAAUAAAAAAAAAUUAUUUCUUUGUAAUAAGAUUAUACACUAAAAUAUA